UUAGGUUCGCAUUGCACUGUUUCGUGAUUCAACGAUCUGGCAAAUGCUCGUAGGUGGUGGAUUAGGCUUAGGUGGGGACGUACCAACUAUCAUCAAUACUCGAAAUGGUAGUAUGAUCGUUGACUAUCAGGCUACUUUUUCCAAUGCAAAUGGAACUGAUCUUAUUGAGGGAGUAACGACAGCUUUGAGGGAUAAUCUUGAUGGUUCUGACGCGACUCCUCGUGAUCUUAUUCUCGAUUCCAUCACUGUUGGAAGUGUUUCCGCGUGUCCUGAAUCAGUCUACGUUGGAAGUGAAGGUACAUUUACUUUCCCAUCAGUCGGUUUAGGACAGAUAUCGGAGAGCGUGGAACAUUGCCCUGUAUAUACUGGAAAUACUCCUGUACCUCGAGCCAGAAGGACUUGCUUGGGUGAUUUCAUUACCCAAGCUUACUGGGCUGACCCUGUCCCCUCUGAAUGCUUCGACGAAAAUGAUAAUACUAAUCAAGUCCUUGAUGACAUAGCGAAUGCACCCAUUUCACGAGACAACGUAACGGAAUACUCAAGUGACCUCGCCAAAGUCACCAAUGACACUUCCUCGAUCACAGCAGAUGGACUUGAAUCCAUUGCGACAUCACUGGAAAACAUUGUCAGGGUACAGGACUCGUCAAUGGAGGUAACAGUGAACGUGAUCAACACUAUCAACAAUGUUCUGCAGGUUAGUGACGAGGAUUUCGUAAUCGCUAUCGAUGCCGAAGCACCUACUCGCAUCCUCGAUUCUUUGGAAGAUCAACUAACCCUCUUCCAAACCCAGGGUGAUGGUUCAAACCUGACUGUGGUUGAUGAUAGCAUUGCCGUAGCGGCUCUGAAUAUUCCAAGAACAACAGUACAGGGAGGUAUCGGGUUUGGAAGUCAAAGUGCUGUUGGAUCAGGAAACAAUGUUUACAAUGAAGUCCUUGGAGAAAACAGUACUAUGGUGUUUUUCGAUUUGGAUGCGAUGCCCAUUAACGAGUUUGAAGCUGUUGUUAUCCUCCCUAGCGGCAUUCUGGAUUCCAUAUCUUCAGGCGAGAGCAUGGUACCAAUUACUUUCUUCGUAUUCCAGAACAGCCGACUGUUCCAGAGUGGCAACCAACAGAACACCUUAGAACCUGGUCGUCGACAAGCCGUUGGUUCUCGAGUCAUCUCGGCAACCAUUGAGGGAUUCGAUGUCCAGACUUUACCGAUGGGAGAGGAAAUCGAGACCGCCUUCCUGGAACUUAAUGUCACGGAUGACGAUGAAACAGUUGAUAAUAGGUCGUGUGUAUUCUGGGAAAAGACCACUAUUGGUGGUCAGUGGUCGACGAGAGGGUGUCGACGGGAAGAUUUACCUGAGGUCGAUAGAAUACGAUGUCUUUGCGAUCAUCUUACGAGUUUUGCUGUUCUAUUGGACGUAUCUGGUGACAUUGAUAUUUUUGUUUUGGAUAUUCUGAGCAUGAUCGGCUGUGGUAUCUCUUCUCUAUGUCUCGUCAUCCUACUGAUCACCUUUAUAUGUGUUAAAAAACUUCGAAGCAGUCAACCUCAACGGAUCCAUAUAAACCUAUGUUUGGCUUUACUUGGUCUAUACCUAGACUUCCUGGUGGGAAUCGAUCUCCGAUACCCAACCAUUGGCUGUGUGAUUGCAGGGUUCAUUCUUCAUUUCUUCUUGCUCUCAUCCAUGGCAUGGAUGUUAGUAGAAGCUGUCUACAUGUAUAUCCUAUUCGUCAACGUGCACAGUGGUACUGUCUCCAAGUACAUAAGGACAUCAAGUGUCUUGGCAUGGGGUUCUCCGUUAAUAGUUUGUAUCAUCAUAGUUUGUAUCGACAGAGAAUUCUAUCUUGGAGAUAACACAUAUUGUUUUGUGCAACCAGGACCAGUUCUCUAUUACUCCGUGCUCCUCCCUGUUGCCGCCAUUGUCCUCAUCAAUACUAUCAUAUUUAUCCUCGUCGCAUAUCGCUUAACUUGUGGGCGGUGGACGAUUUCGGCAAACAAAAGCACAGGUGAAGAUAAGCGAAGCGAAACAUGGCGCCGGCUACAAAAUCUGGUGGCUUUCACUAUUCUCCUUGGACUGACGUGGGCAUUCGGGUUUCUCGCUAUCGGUGGUGCUCGCUUCGUUUUUAAUGUCCUAUUCCUGGUCUUUAACUCCCUCCAAGGACUAUUCAUCUUCAUCAUGUUCGGUCUUAGGCAGAAACCAGUGCGGGAUGAGUGGCUCCGUUUCUUCCGUUGUCAAUGUUGUGAAGACGAGAAAAGUCGACGUUCAAGAAACUACAUGAAGUCAAGGCCAUUAACAGGGGGUAAAUCUUCAGGACAAACGGAAAGCUCAAGUGCCGGCAUUCACGGAUCCGCUAUUCCUUUGGAUGGGCGCGGUUUGUCUUCAACUACAAGCAGACAACUUCCAUAAACGAUUUAUAGAUUUGCCAAAUUUUAAGCUAUAAAAAUUUAUCUGGCGAUCUCAAAUAUCACACUUUCUCAUGUGACAUUUUGAACGAACUUUACGGUGUACUGAGACUCUGAGAGGGCUAAACAUGAGCAGAAAGUGAAUGAACUUAAUCCAGCUCGUAAGUCCCCUACUACCAAGAAUAAUUAUGUGGCUUUUCAAUCAUACUGUAAUGAUCAUGACGAUGCUGCGUUUAUUUGUCAACUUUUGUAUCUCCGAACAUUUUUUUUAUUUAGCUCAAACGCUUUAAGUCUGAUGGGCCUGUAAAAUUUUCAUUAAAAAUUACUCUAUUUUUUACAUUUGUUUUGUUUUUGUUAUUAGAUACUCCAGAAUCAGAGAAACAGUAGUACUACAAAGUUAGCGAAUCCCACCAAAAAAUAAACAUAUUAAGUGUUCAAGUUCUGCCAUUAUAGAUAUAUUGUGAAGGCAGAUGAUAAAAUAUUACGUUCAAUAAUGUUUGUUUCUCUGGGCUCACCCGACAUUGUAGCGUUCUUGUCUACAUUCAACACUCCAGAUGAGGGAGUGCAUUUUGUGGUGGGGUUCACUAAAUUUCUAGCACCACUGUAUAUCUAUACGUUAAAUCAUAUUAAUGACAGAAUAUUAUGGGUCAUGAUCGUAUUAACUUUCAUUUUGAACGUAUGUGUUACGCAUUAUUUUAGUAAACAUUUAACACUUGGCGCUUAGACACGUCGUUCCGACGUAUUAAGCGCCAUACAAAAUCGUUAAUCAUUAACGAUGAUUAAUGAUAAUACAGGAAUUUUUUUAACGUCCUAAUACUUAAUUGACGUUAUCCUACUCCAUUUAUUAUUAUGUCUUUGAUAGUAUAUUCUAUUGAUUAAUUUGUUAUCUGUUGUGCAGAGGAAUUUGUUAUUGUUGUCCAGUUGAUAGUAUGUUAUUGUAAAUGAUUGUUUUAUCUUAAUAAAUGUACAUGAUUCUUAA